AUGGACCCGCGGGCCAAGGUGAGCUUCCAGCAAGUCCGCGUCGUGCCGUCGGGCUGCAUGCAGCGGCGCGGGCUUGGCAACUUGCACAUUGUGGGCAGCGACGCCACCGGCGCCUUCUUUGCGUUCGCGUCGACGCUCGCCGUGUACGUGUACGAGGCCACGACCUUCCGCCUGCACCGCCUCCUGUCGACCAAAGACAACGUGCUCGGCCUCGCGUGGUGCCCGUUCGCUUGCCACCGCGCCUACUUGGCGACCGUCGCGAUGGAAGGCGGCGUCGUGCUCUGGAACGUCACGACCGAGGAGAUCCUCUUCCAAGCGACGCUGCCGACGGCCCACCACGCCAUCUCGCUGCAAUGGCAGCCCCACGACGCGUCAACGAUGCAGCUCGCGAUCGCCUGCAGCGACAAGCUCAUCUAUGUGUGGACGAUCGACCUCGAGGCCAACACCCACAGCAUGGCGCGGCUUCUGCCCAAGCCGACCGAGUCGCCCAUGACCGUACUGCGAUGGAAUCCGCAGACGCGUGGCAUGCUCGCGAUCGGCUUCGAGUCCGGCGCCAUCGGGCUCUACCAUGGCGCGCGUCCAACGGCGCUGACGCUGAUCACACGCGAGAAGAAGCGCGACAAGAAGGCGCUCGCGAUCACCGAUAUGACGUGGGACUCGCUCUCGCAUUUGUACCUCCUCGUAGCCUACAAGGACGGCCACAGUGCUCUCUGGGAGAUCAACGAGACGACCGGGACGCAGCUGCACACGUUCGACAAGCAAGGCGCCGGCACGAAUGCCAUUGCUUGGCUGCCGUCGGCGCCGGGGCAGUUUGUGACGGCCAACGCGCGCAGUGGAAUCCUCAAGAUCUGGAACGUCUCGCAGCCGCAGCCGCUGCAGCACGUCCGCGCCCAGUCGUCCGGCAUCCACAACAUCGCAGUGUUGCAGGACCACCGCCUUUUGUGCGCCGCAGUCGACGGCUCAGUUGGUGUCUACGACCUCCAGAAGCGCCACCUCGCAUGGGCAAGCCACCCCGGCCACAAGGAGACGAUCUUCGAUGUGCGAUACCAGCCCAGCAACCCAAACGUCUUGGCAACGUGCAGCCACGACGGCAGUGUGCGCAUCUGGGACGUCGAGACUAUGCACUGCCUUCAACAUCUCCAGGGCCAAGACGGCGUGCUCUACAGCGUCGCAUGGGCCCCGGCGACCGCUUCUUUGAUAGCGUCGUCGUCGUCCUUGGGAACCGUCUUCCUCUGGGACACUGCCGUCGGCGUGGCCACCGUGCAGAUGCGGCAUCACACGGACGCCGUCUACCGCGUUGCGUGGGACACUGGCGACGAUGGGCUUCUCGCCUCCUCCUCCAAAGACAAGACGGUCGUGCUGGCCUUGCCAAGCGGCGUCCUCGUCAAGCGCUACGUGCUGCCCGGAGCUGCGUUUGGCUGCGACUGGAGCCCGCGUGGCGACGGCCUCCUCGUCGUCGGGUGCAUCGACCACGUUGUCCGCGUCUUUGCCACAAAGACGUCGUCGACCGAGCCGCUCCGCGUUCUCGCGGCCCAUGACGCGCGGGUCUUCCACACCGUGUGGUACGCCGACCCGGCGCGACUCCUUCUCGCGUCCAGCUCGGACGACUGCUCGAUCCGCGUCUGGAGCUGGCCCGAAGAGAGUGCUGUGGACGCUGUCGUGCCGUACAUUACGCUCACGGGCCACACGGGCUUUGUGCGGGCGCUCGUGUGGCACGCUGCACCCGCGCCGCUCUUGCUCAGCGGCAGCUGGGACGCCACGAUUCGCAUUUGGGACAUCCACUCGCGGAGCUGCCGACUCGUGGUCGUCGACCAUCUCGCCGACGUGUAUGGCAUCGCGACGCAUCUUGCGACGCCGUGCACGUUCGUGUCAUGCUCGCGGGACUCGACUUUGCGUUUCUGGGGCCUCCGCACGUACGAGUCAGCAACGACGCUGCUAGCCACCGUGCUCUCAGCUCCGGAUGUGGCGCCCAUCGAAGCAGCAUUUGUUGUCGCGGGCAUGCUGCCCGGCCUCGCGAAUUUCUUUGCGCUGCUGCAACAAAAGAGCACGCGUGAGAUGCGCAUCCAGCGCGAAGAGAGCGUUGUCGAGACGUACCUUGAGCAGGCCCGGCGCCUCGAGGCGGGCUUGGCCAAGUCGCGCCGCCCGAGCAAAACGACGCGCCUCAACAAGGAAGAACACCUUUUGCAAGCGGCGGCGACGUACCUCAAGGCGGGCAACCUCGUUCGCUAUUGCCGUAUUUUGGCCGACAUGAACCAGUGGGAGAAGGCGCUAGCUGUCGCACCGGGUGUCUCGAUGGCUUUUUGGGAGAAGCUUGCAACCGAGUACGCCGAGCACUUGGCCGCGAGCGAGAGCGAGGACGCUGCCGUGUACUACGUAGCGACCCGCGACGUUGAAAGCGCUGUCGCUCUGUACCACAGCCGUAGUCAGUAUGAAGAUGCAUUCGUCGUCGCCAAGGCGAGCGAGACGAUGCCUCACGCAGCGCCAUCUUUGAGUAACUCGCCCAGCCAGCAGGACUGGUCGGCGCUGCGCCACAGCUCGCGUGCAGCCUUGGCGACGCAGUACGUGGACGCGGGCGACCCGAUUCUUGCAGCGUGUUGCUACCUCUCCGUCCACGCCAUGGACAAUGCGAUAGCUCUCGAGCUGGCGUACGUGCUCUCGACGUAUCUCUCGACAGACGUGUCGCCACAGCACCCACCCGUCAUGCUCGUGCGCCGCCUCGCUUUCAAGUACGAAGCACUCGGGGCGCUGCCCCUAGUGUUGCAGCUCCUCGGCACACUCCCGCCUCUCGAAGCAAAAUAUGAAACGUGGCUAUUGUGCGCGCGCCAGGCGCGCCUCGGACGCACGCAAACUCUUGCGGCGCGGCUUCUCGAGCAAACCGAGCUCGAAGCCGAGCUCCGUGAUGCGUUGGCGGGCGAGCGUCUCGUCGAUGCCGUUCGACUGCACCUUUUGCUCGGCGACGAAGCAGAGGGCCUUCAACUCGCCAUCUCGGAAGUAUUCGAGCUUCUCGGUGCCCCGGAGGUCAACUGGCCCGUGGUGUUUGCAUUUACGACCAUCUUGGGCUCGUACGACGCUGUGGCAGCGUCGCCCAAGCAGCGCGCGACGCUCUUGGCCCUCAUGGCAUUUGCUGGUGCCGUACAAGCCAUGGACGCCCGGUCGCCGGUCCCUGUCGUAAGCUACCUCUUCCACGUCGUCCACACGCAGUGCUAUGGCGCCGCCGUCCGACUUCCAAUCCCCGAAGCCGCUUUGCUCGAAGCCGAAGCCGACUACUGUGCGUCGCGGGAUCUCGGCCGGCUGCAGCACGUGCUCGCGCAGCUCGAGCGGUCGCGCAGCUCGUGGCCAGAAGCGCUACAAGCACGCGUGGCUACGUGGCACAAGGUUCUUGCGUCGCCACCGCACGCGCUGCAAGGUCGUGUCGAAGCCGUCGUCGUGCCCGGCUCCAACCUCCCGUCGGCGGGCCAGGCCAAAUUUCCUUUGCGAUCGCUCUUUACAGGCGAGAUCAUCCACGGCCCAUCGAUCAAGCUGGAGGACGAGGUGUCGGCGAUCUCGCUGGACGAAGCCAUCAUGUGGUCCCGCGUGAACCCGUUCUCGCCACUCUCGACCGGCGACAGGCUCUCCGUGUACAGCCAGUACUAG